ACCGCCAGUGGCCGCUGCGCUCAAAGCGCCGUGCGGCACUGACUCGGGUAACAUCAUCCUGCGAAUAGCGGAGAAUUAAAGUAUUGAUUAUUGAAAUAUUGAUGAUCGAUCCUCUGACGCGUAGCUGUCAGUGAGCGGUAACUGAGGGGGACCGACAGCGGGGCGAUAACGGCGCGAUAACGAUGGAUGGUGAUGAGUGUGAGUUGUCGGAUCCGGAGCUGUCUCACUCUCACCGCGGCAGCGUGGCCUCCUCUCUCUCCCGUGCUCAGGAUGUGUUGGUGUACCUAGUGAGUGACAGUGCAGUGCAGCUGUGUGUGGAAGGUGUUGGGAGUGUCUGUGUGCAGGAAUUGGCUCGGAUGGUCCGGCAGACUCUCCAGGUUCCGGACUCUGAUCAGGACGCGUUUGCGUUCUGGCUCUGCUCACCGUUACUUGAGCUGCAGCUGAAGCCGAAACACCAGCCGUAUAAACUGUGCCGGCAGUGGCAGGACCUGCUGUACCGCUUCACUGACGCCUCCUCAGAGGACAUUGCACUGGACGAGCCAUGUCUUCAGUACAAGAGGAAUGUUUUUUAUCCCAGGACAAAAGAGCUUCAGAUAGAUGGUGAGGGCGUACUGAGGUUUCUUUAUGACGAAGCGCGGUUAAAUAUCUUGGAGGGUCGUUAUCCCUGUGAUCCGGAUCACUGGGUCCGGCUCGGAGCGCUGAGCUGCGCCAUAGACUGCGGUACCGGGCUGGAUGACCAAAAACUCAUUGCGGUCAUCAGAGAGAAGAAGUUGUCCUCCUUCCUGCCGGCUCAUGUGGUUUUGGGUUCUGGGGGUUUCUUCUCGAGUCUGCGAUCGCGGGGGAGCCGCCACACGGAGCUGGAGCAGAGCCUGCUGAAGGAAUACUGCUCGCUAAGUGGCCCUCAGGAGCCCGCAGCGCUCUUCAGGCAGUACCUCAGCAUCUGCCACUCGCUGCCUUAUUACGGCUGUGCGUUCUUCGUGGGUGAGAUCGAUAAGCCGGCGCAGGGGAUCCUGCACCGCGGCGGGAGGAAGAGCGUCAGUGUGGGGAUCAGUCUGGAGGGGGUUUACGUUGUGGACACGAAGGAGAAGCAUGUACUGCUGGGCCUGCGGUUCAGCGAGUUGUCCUGGGACCACUCGUACCCCGAGACGGAGGGGGAUUCACACAUCCUGUGGCUGGAGUUCGACGGAGAGGAAGACGGCACACCUGUUAACAAAUUACUGAAGAUUUACUCCAAACAGGCAGAGCUGAUGAGUGGUCUGAUUGAAUUCUGUGUGGAGUUGCGGUCAGUAGGGGACGCGGCGGCAGCGGCCACAGGGACGGACGGAGACGCCGCUGUUUUAAACACACCUGCAGGACAGUCACCUGUGGGCCAGGUGGGCAGGGAGCGGCCGCCGGAGAGGCGGGGCCGACUGCGCAGACAGAGCAGCGUGCUCUGCAGCCGAGUGCACACGCUCAGCACCAUCAGCUACGUGGAUGACGGGAAGGAGAUAAAGCGCCUGAAGCCAAAGAGAGCCGCCUCCUUCUUCUCCCGCCAGGCUCCGCCCACUUACUCUACUGUUCAGGUGACGGACAGUCUGGAGCAGGGCUGAGAGCCAAUACUGUCCCCUUCAGCCUGAAGACCAAAACUACACCUGCCCCUUUAGACUGUGGUUGGAGUGGACAGAGACUGGACCAAGAAUACUAAAAAAGUGAAAGUUGAACCACUGUUUAUGAAUAAUGAUGUACUUUAUAGUGUUGUUGAUGUCACAAACUUAAGUUAUGGCUCUCUUUGUGGUGCGAUCUCUCCUCAGAUCAGAGAAACAAUACUAAAGCAGAAGUGAAAGAGCUGAAGGGAAGGGAGGGUUUAGCGUCUUGCUUUCUCACCUAAAUGCAAAUCUGAGCUAUGCAAAACCCACCAAACCGAACGGUCAGUGCAGCAGCAGCGCUGCAGGGCCGAGCUGCAGUGUGCUGAGCUGCUGUGUGCAGUGAGGUUUGUGAUGCUGCACUUAGUGAUCCAGUGCCUCUACCUUCCUCUCCUGCUGCUGCAGAGCUUUACAGACUCAGCGCUGAGGAAACACAGAACCUUCUGUUUUCUCUGCCGUAACAAAACCUCGCGAUCUUUCACACAAGGAGGAGUAAAUGCUCUGAACUCUGAUACGUGGUCAGAGCUGUUACUGUCCAUUUGUCUCAGAGCUCUGCCGACACAUCAGUCAACCAGUGAUAUCAUCUGGUGUCAAUGACCCACGUUUUUAUUUGUAGUGGUGAAAACACUGCAGGCUGUCCACCAGUCGUUGCCAUUCAUGUUUCCUGUUUAUAAAUGACAAUCAUAUUAAUUACAUUUAACAAACUACUGGUAUAAAACGAUCAGAUAUUGAUAUCGGAUUGGUUCUCGGUAUCUGCCCAUAACUUUAGAUCAGAUAUCGAUAAUGGAUUGGUUCUUGGUAUCUGCCCAUAACUUUAGAUCAGAUAUCGAUAAUGGAUUGGUUCUUGGUGUCUGCCCAUAACUUUAGAUCAGAUAUCGAUAAUGGAUUGGUUCUUGGUGUCUGCCCAUACCCUGAGAUCUGAUAUCUGUAUCGGAUUGGUGAUUGGUUUUGGCCCAAACCCUAAGAUCAGGUAUGGGCAUUGGAUUGGUGCUCUGCAUCAGCACAUAUGCUUAAAUCAGACAUAAACAGUGGAUCAGAGCUUGUUAACAUAUCAGAGCUUGGUAUCAGCCCAAAGAUCAGUUAUCGAUAUCGGAUCAUUGCAUGAUUUUGUCCAAGUCUCUGAGAUUUGAGCUCAAAUAUCAGUAUCGUAUCGGUUCUCGAUAUCGGCCCAAACCCUGAGAUCAGAUAUUGGAAUCAUCAGAGGAGCAAAAGUUGGUGCUGUUUUGUUACGACAGUGAUGUUCCGCUUCCCUCAGCGUGUCGACGGUUUAGCAGAACUUUUCCAGAUGCCGGUUUUAAGGUUCGUUUCUGGCAUUUUCUGUCUGGUAAAGAUGGAAUUUUCUACAGGAGUUAGUGAGCGACUUUCAGCCCCAGUGGCGAACGUACACAUGUUUACAGCUCUAAUUCUAAACUUACCUGUGGGAGCUGAACACCUGCUGAAUGUCCGAACACCUGAACACGUCACUGCUGAUCAGUAUUUACUUUGAAUGUGCAAACAGGAGAAAACAAUCAGCUGCGUAUCGGCAGUCGUUAAUGUCUGUAUAUGGAGCUGUGAGUAAACCUGGUAUUUUACAGUGGGAUUCUGGACUUUUACUACAUUUAAAUACAAGCUGAAUGUACUUCACUGUGGAAAAUGCCCAAUAAUAUCAACUGGCUUCUUAAUAGAAUUUUUGUUUCCACCUUAAAUGGUGCAGCUGUUACAUUCUGGUGCCUCAUUUAAGAUGGAACUGAAAAUUCCAAUCAGAAUCUGGCUUAAGCCUCUUUCGUCUAUCUUUGCUGGUUUCCCAAACUUGGAUUAAGUCUAGUCUUGGACUGAAUUCAAUACUGCAGUGCUGAUUCACCAUUAAAAGUCCCCUUGAGUCUAUUCUUAGUCUUAAUUUGCAUCUGUGACACCAGACUUUAGCAUUUAAUCUACUCUUGGUGGAACAUGCAUGCUUUUAUUUUGCGUUAAAUAACCUAAAACAGUGCAAAACCUUCACUUCUGCUAAUUUAUCCGCUCUGUAACUAUGUUCUGUAGAGAAUAGCAGCAUCAGAGCAGUACAGACACUCAGAACAGCAGCUAAAAUCCAUGAAACUAGAUUUAACUUGCUUUAUAUUCACACACUGCUCACCCUACAGUCCAGAUAAGAGAUGCCAAACAUGCUAGAAAGACUUUUAUGUUGUAUUAUAGAUCUCUAACAGUCACAUAUGCGCCUGUGUCUACAAACAGAUUGGUGAUCAUAAAGCCUGAACCUCCUACUAUGACCAAUAUAAAGUGCCUUUUUGUAUUUACGUUGUGUCUGUUACUCUGUUUGUUUUGCAUCUGCAUUUGAACACAGUUUAAACCCAGUUUUGGACAGAAAAGAUGAGUGAUCGAGUCUAUAAACUGUGUCUGAAUGGUGUAAUUAUUGUGUUAUAUGAGUUCAUCACUUUUUCUUUUGUCUACAUGAAGAACCCCUGGAUUUUCUGUGACUUUGUAAUAAUGUGCACUACCAGAUCUUAGUGACUGUAACAUUAACUACACUUACAAUAUGCAUCCUUACUUUUUAUUCUCACUUUCUACUAAUUCUCUGUUGUUCUAUCAAUAAAUAGUAUUGUUUCGUUUGGAUUUGUUUGUCAAUAUUUAAAUAAACUUACAUCUUGCAAUA